AUGACUCCACCAGUGCGGAACGACAGUCGAAUCAUCCUCCACUUGGAUUAUGACUGUUUCUAUGCCUCGGUCUUCGAGGUUGAGCGACCGGAAUUGAGGUCACUUCCCUUGGCAGUUCAGCAAAAGCAGAUUGUGGUAACCUGCAACUACGAAGCCCGACGGCGAGGUCUGCAUAAGUUGCAGCUCAUCAAAGAUGCCAAACGUAUAUGUCCCGAUGUGGUAAUAGUUCUGGGUGAAGACCUAACCAAGUUCCGAAAUGCCUCCAAGGAGCUUUAUCUGCUGGCUCGCUCCUUUGUGUGGGGAGGCCGUGUUGAAAAGCUAGGAUUUGACGAGCUCUUUCUCGACGUCACGGAAAUGAUUGACUACAACACUGGCGUGCUAAAUCAAAAUGACUUGGCAAAUUCGUAUUUCCAUCUUGAUCGGAAGGACCCGACCGUCGGGUUUUCCUACGAUGCCACUCGCUUCCAGGGAUCGACGUUCCCCGCAAUGGAGGCAGCCUUCGUCGCUCAGAAAGAUCCGUCUUCGUUGGAAAUGAGGUUGGUUGUUGCCUCUCAUUUACAGGGUCAUAUACGGAGUAAGAUGGAGCAUCAAAUAGGCUUCACGGCUACGGGCGGCAUCUCAACCUCCAAAUUGCUGGCAAAAUUGGUCGGUAAUGUUCACAAGCCCAACGGCCAAACGACUCUUCUGCCGCCAUAUACGGCAACGGAACAUAAUACUAGCAACGUGUUCCAGUUCCUGGAUGAUCAUGAGAUCCGGAAGAUUCCUGGAAUUGGUUCUCGGAUUGCCCAGAAACUAAAAUCCCAUAUCACAGGGCAAGAGAGUGUCGACGAGAAGAUCACAGUCAAGGAUGUCCGACAUUUCCCUGGAAUGGGCCCACCUUUACUGGACAGGAUCCUUGGCGGGCCAGGCUCAGUGAAAGGGAUCGGGAUGCGCAUGUGGAGCAUUCUUCAUGGAGUAGACAAUUCCGAGGUGCUCGAGGGUCGCGAUGUGCCCACCCAGAUCAGCAUCGAGGAUUCUUAUGGCCGGUUAGAUACCCUCGAGAGUGUACGACGAGAGCUAGUAGUGUUGUCGCGAAGUCUGAUCCGCCGCGUAAGAACGGACCUGCUUGAUAUGAGUGAUGACACUGCUCCCCAAGGGAGAUGGCGUGCUCAUCCUCGCACUCUGCGGUUAUCGACCCGGCCAAGACCUCCGCCAGACUUGGGUACCGGGCGUGCAUACAAUUCCAAUCGCAUCUCUCGCUCAGCGCCCCUGCCACCCUUUAUUUUCAACUUGGAUGAGAAUAUCGAUGCAUUGGCCGAGCGGCUGGUCCGGGAAAGUGUUUUCUCUAUGUUCCGCAAAUUACAUCCCGAAAAGGCUGGCUGGAACCUCAGUUUGUUGAACGUUGCGGUUACCAAUAUGGUGGAGAGCGCGGGGGAUCAGAAGCAACACAGUGGACGAGAUAUCGGGAAGAUGUUUCGGCAACAGGAGACGGUCCUUAAGGAUUGGACUGUGCAGGAACCCGAGUCCUCAUCUGCUGAUCUGCCGCGGUUGCCCGGAGGUUCCCCUGAGAUACAGUCACAGUCUGACGAUGGUUGGGACGACGAUGAACCCUUGGGGAGUAUGGAUUGCUCUAUAUGUGGGGUGUCAAUCCCCUACUUUGCCCAGUUGGCACAUCAGACAUAUCACGACGAAAAAUAG